CGCGAAUUGCUGCAUUGUGUCAUUGAGUCGGUUCGAGAGUCGAGCCCAGUAGUGCGAUGAUAUUGUUUCCUGGUGCCGCCGCCACGCUGCUGGCUGGUUGAUUUUGCCCGUCGAGAAAAUCUGGCGUUUAUUUACCAAAGGGAAUGCUGUUUAACAUGGUGAUUUUUUGUUCUGUCUGCUCUCUGUUUCAUUUCUGUAAUCUGCAUACUUGCCUAGGUCUGGCCGAGGAUGCGGAUGAUGCUGGAAAGAAGACCACCAAAACCAAAGCCAAGAAAGCGAAGAAAACAGAUGCUGACCAUGGCCCGGAGACUGCCCUAGGAGCCGGAGCUUCCGGCGAUAAUGAGCUCGUUGAAGUUACUAAAAUUGUUUCGACCUCCAUAAAGACGCCAAUCGUGCACGUUUGCUUCGGAUACAUACCGGAAGACAAGCUGGAUCCUGGCCUGCGCUACGUGUACGUUAUUCGGAGGUUCAGCUCACCGAUUG